CCACGCGUUCUGAGAGCCCUGGGCUGGGGCUUCUGGGAGUUGUAGUCGCUGGAGGCGGGCGCCGUCGGGAUGGAAGCUUCCUGGCGCCAGGUGGCCGGUGGCCGAGGCCGAGCCCGUGGACGGGCCACUGCGGCCCCCUCCUCGGGAAAUGGAGUCCAUCUCCGCGGCGCCGGAGGAGGGCGAGAGAAGGGGUCGGUGGGCGCUACUGGUCCUGGCCCCAGCCCGGGAGGAGCCGCGACCGCUUCGGCUGCAGGUAGCUCAGCCCGACGCAGCCCCUGGGGAUCUGAAGCGCCGCAGACUUCCGUAGCCAGUGCAGAGGUAAUGUCUCAAAAGAAAUUUGAAGAAAUCAAAAAGGCUAAUCAAGCUGCAGCCAAAAAACUUGUUGAAGAACACUUUAGCUCUUCAUCUGAAGAAGAAGGAGAUGACGAUUUUGAAGGAAAAAGAGGAAAAAUAGUUGCUAAUACAUUUAUAAAGUAUGCUACUCAGACAGAUGGAGAUGUACGUGAAUUAGAGCGCACAAAGCAGUAUGUAAAUGAAGCUUUUCAAGCAGGGGCUAUGACAUGCCUAAUUUGUAUUGCUUCAGUGAAGAGAAACCAAGCAGUUUGGAGUUGUUCAGGUUGUUUCUGUAUAUUUCACAUGCCCUGUAUCCAGAAGUGGGCUAAAGACAGCCAGUUUCUGGUAUCUUCUCCUUUGACGGAUGAUGAUUUUGGAAAGAGAGAUUAUCCCUGGCCUUGUCCAAAAUGUAGGUUUGAAUACAGACGAUCUGACACACCUAGUAGGUAUUAUUGCUAUUGUGGAAAAGUGGAAGAUCCACCUUUAGAUCCAUGGCUUGUACCUCAUUCAUGCGGCCAAGUAUGCGAGAGAGAUUUUAAACCUCCUUGUGGCCAUAAGUGUUUACUCCUCUGCCAUCCAGGUCCCUGCCCCCCUUGUCCAAAAAUGGUCACAACCACUUGUUACUGUAAGAAAGCAAAACCUAUCCCUCGCCGGUGUAGUGCUAAAGAAUGGUCCUGUCAGCUGCCAUGUGGGCGGAAAUUGCUUUGUGGACAGCAUAAAUGUGAAAAUCCUUGUCAUGCAGGAAGUUGUCCGCCGUGUCCAAGAGUUAGCAGACAAAAGUGUGUCUGCGGCAAACAAGUAGCUGAAAGAAGUUGUGCAAGUCCACUGUGGCACUGUGAUCAAGUAUGUGGGAAAACACUAUCAUGUCGUAAUCAUACAUGUGAACAAGUCUGCCAUGUAGGUGCUUGUGGAGAUUGUCCCCGAUCUGGGAAAAGGUUCUGUCCAUGUCAGAAGUCAAAGUUUUCUUUGCCUUGUACAGAAGAUGUACCAACUUGUGGAGAUAGUUGUGACAAAGUUCUUGAAUGUGGAAUCCAUAGAUGUUCACAGCGUUGUCACCGAGGACCUUGUGAAACAUGUAGACAAGAAGUGGAAAAGCAUUGUCGCUGUGGAAAGCAUACAAAACGAAUGCCAUGUCAUAAACCUUAUCUUUGUGAGACAAAGUGUGUUAAGAUGCGAGACUGUCAGAAGCAUCAGUGUAGGAGAAAGUGUUGCCCUGGAAACUGUCCACCUUGUGAUCAAAACUGUGGACGGACUUUAGGAUGUAGAAACCAUAAGUGUCCAUCUGUCUGCCAUAGAGGUAGUUGUUAUCCCUGUCCAGAAACCGUAGAUGUGAAGUGCAGUUGUGGUAACACAAAGGUGACAGUACCCUGUGGCCGAGAACGUACCACAAGACCCCCCAAGUGCAAAGAGCAGUGCAGCCGACCACCAACUUGCCAUCAUGCAAGUCAAGAGAAACAUCGUUGUCACUUUGGCUCUUGUCCUCCAUGUCAUCAACCUUGCCAAAAGGUUUUGGAGAAGUGUGGUCACUUGUGUCCUGCUCCAUGUCAUGAUCAAGCAUUAGUAAAGCAAACUGGCAAGCACCAGCCUACAGGCCCUUGGGAACAGCCUUCUGAACCAGCAUUUAUUCAGACUGCAUUGCCUUGUCCUCCAUGUCAAGUUCCUAUUCCUAUGGAAUGUCUUGGGAAGCAUGAGGUGAGCCCACUCCCAUGCCAUGCUGUAGGACCCUACUCUUGUACGAGAGUGUGUGGCCGAACCUUAGAUUGUCAAAAUCAUACAUGUAUGAAAGAGUGCCACCAAGUAACUGAAAUUGGUUCCUGCACUGACAAAAACAAGGCUGGACCAGAAUGCCUUCAGUGUGAAGAAGGCUGCUCUAAAUCACGGCCGCCGGGUUGUCCUCACCCGUGUGUUCUGCCAUGUCACCCUGGAGAAUGUCCUCCUUGUGUUCAGAUGCUUAGAAUAAAAUGUCACUGUAAGAUCACAAGUCUUUAUGUGGAAUGUAGAAAAAUGACCACAGCUGAUAUAAAUGAAAAGAACCUCCUUAGUUGUUGCAAAAAUCAGUGUCCUAAAGAGCUUCCUUGUGGUCAUAGAUGCAAAGAAAUGUGCCAUCCUGGUGAAUGUCCCUUUAAUUGCAACCAAAAGGUGAAACUUAGAUGUCCUUGUAAAAGAAUAAAAAAGGAAUUGCAGUGCAACAAAGUACGUGAAAAUCAGAUUUCCAUAGAAUGUGACACAACAUGCAAGGAAAUGAAGCGAAAAGCAUCCGAGAUAAAAGAAGCAGAAGCCAAAGCUGCUCUUGAAGAGGAGAAACGAAGACAACAGGCUGAACUGGAGGCUUUUGAAAACAGACUGAAGGGUCGUCGGAAGAAGAACAAGAAGAGAGAUGAAGUGGCAGUUGAGCUAACGCUAUGGCAAAAAUAUAAAUAUUACCUCCUUCCAGCAUGUGCAGUUGUGGUUGUAGUGUUUGCAUGGUACAUAGCCCAUGGUGUGGAUUAAAAAAUGUUUGAUUUGUUAAUAUACCUCAGAUUAGAUUUAGAUAAAUUAUUGCAUUUGGAAUAUUAGAAAGGAAAUGUUGUAGAACAUGAUAUACGGUAACAUUCAUCUCUAUAUUCUCUUCCAGCUGUUGUUAGAAGGAAAGAAUGUGAAGCUUUAUCUUCGUUGGCAUACUAGAGGUGGCACUAUAAUGUUACUUAAUAGUAAAAGCAUGACAGAUUGUAAAAUGUUUCAUAAGGCAUAGCCAGUGGCAGGGUAACAUAUUAGUUGUUCAUUGUGCUUUCUUGUAUUGACGUAACUGUUUCAUAUACUAUUUCACACCAACAUCUUUUUUUUUGGCAAAAUUAAGAUGAAACUAAGCCAUAUGUGUAGUGAUUACUGAGGAAUAUGUCACAAUAUUUUGGUUACUUAUUAACAGGUACUUUUCUUGAUCAUGUAACUUUGUAUAUAAAAAUAUAUAUAUUCUCUAAAAAGACCUCUUAAAUUAUAACAUGAAUCUAUAUAAGUAGACUCCAGAAAUUGUUUUAUUAGUGAAGAAUUUUUCUCAGUUAUUGAAAUAAAAUUUUAUGUAGUAUGUUCCUCAGAGGACAAUAUAAUUGUUUUCCAAAAAUACAGGCUAAGAUUCCUCACAUGUGGCUAUUUCUUGUGUAAGAAGCUUCUAACUGAAGUUGGCAUGUUUUGUAAAACUUGUAUGUGUUUUUUCAAAGUAAUAAUAAAAGAAAAACUAGUGUUUAUGAGCAAUACAUGCUGAGCACAGGGCCGACAAGCUAUAUGUACUUUAUUCUCAUUUUUCUUCCCGCAGUCCUAUAAGUAGGUUUUUUCAGAUGGAAAUAAUCAGUUCUUAUGAAAACAAACUGAUAGAGUAACAUCAGUAAGCCAGAUCUGUUUGAAUCGUAAGUCACUUUAAGUGGUUUUUUAAAUUUUUGUAUAAUUAAUGUUUUCAUUAAAAUUUUUCAUACCAAAAUUUUAAUGUAGAAUAUUUACUGUUUAAAUAUUCAAGGAGGAAUUCCCGCAGUGGUGCAGUGGGGUUAGGAAUCCGACUAACCACAGCUUGGGUCACCAGAGAGGCACAGGUUCACUUGCUGGCCCAGCGCGGUGGGUUAAAGGAUCUGGCAUUGCCACAGCUGUGGCAUGGAUUCAGAAUAUAUAAUAUAUAUGCUGCAGGGGCAGCCAUUAAAAAAAAAAAAAUUCAGGAGUCUAUAGUUUUAUCAAUGUGUAAAACUAACUCUUGCUGCAAAACAUAAUAAUUGGUAGGUACUAAAAAGUGGUUAAGUAGGUUUUAAACAGAAGUACAAAGAAGGAUUUCAAAUGUUUGCUAACUUUCACUGUGUUUAAUGUUACGUUCCUCAAGUAUUAGCUAGUGUCUGAAGUGGAAGGGCAGUCAUUUCUUUCUUCAUGCGUUUUUAAUUUUAGAUUUCUUUUUUACCUUUCCCAGUGUUAGACUCCUUGGGAUGGAGUUUCAGGAGCUCUAAAUGAGAGCUGUUACACUCCAGUCGCUUCCUUAUUCUACUCUAGUAUGAACAUUAAAGAACACGAACAGUUCGGUGUCCACGUGGGAAGCUCUUCUGUAUUUCAGAAUCUUGGUCUAAUGAACAAACCUGAAGCCUAGUUUUUGUCCGUUUGUUCUUCUGUUCUUGCCCUAUUUUCUUUCUAAUUCCUAUGAAAGAAUGUAGUGAGCAGAGGAAGGAGACUGAGUGAAUGACAGAUUAAGCAGUUUGCCAUUUUUUAUUUGCUUGGCUAGUAGCUCAGAGCUUAGUUAAUUAAGGCAAAGUCACACAACUGUUUAUGCAUUUAUUUAAUCACCUGGUGCCUUUACUACCUGACAGGUACCUUCUAGGUGCUGGUGAUAAUGGGGAUAAUGGUGAUAAUGGGGAUCCUUUCAGGGAGUUGCUAAGGCAUGGAAUAGAGCUGCCAGGAAAUAGAUACACAAUAAAGUGAAUACGAUUUCAUGUGUAAGAGGUGCUAAACAAUGAGAGCAAUGGUACAGAAAGUGGUGAAAGAGAGGGUGAAAAGGUAAUAAGUCCUUUCAACUGGGAAAGUUCCCCUGAGAUGGGGAUGUUUGAGCCGUGACCUGAAUCUCCUUCAUUUGAAGAUCUAGGAGAAAGUGUAUGAGGGAGAGAAGGCAGCAAGAAUACAAAGUCAGUAAGCUGAGAGAUGCUUGGCUGGGCUGAGGAACAGACAGAAGGGCUGGUGUGGCUGGAGCUUGAUGAGCAGCAGGAAGAGAGAGGGUCCAGGGCCAGGUCAUUAGGGUGUUUGAUAGACCAUGGUACAGAAUUGGGAAUUAUUUUUAGUUGUAGUGGGCAGCAUUGGAUAUUUUAAUAGUUGGGUUUUUUGUUGUUGUUUGUUUGUUUUUGGUUUUUAGGGCCGCAUGUGCAGCAUUUGGAAGUUCCCAGGCUAGGAGUUGAAUUGGAGCUACAGCUGCCAGCCUAUACCACAGCCACAGCAACGCGGGAUCCAAGCCACAUCUGUGACCUACACUAUCAUAGCUUAUGGCGAUGCGAGAUCCUUAACCCACUGAGUGGGGAUCGAACCCACAUCCUCAUGGGUACUCAUUGGGUUUGUUACCGCUGAGCCACAAUGGGAACUGCUGUUAUUGUUCUUUUAAGAUAACUUUUCUGGCUGCUCUGUGGAGAAAGGACUGGAAGGAGGCAGGGGACUGGAAGCAGGGAGGGAGAUGAGUUGGGAGGCCCCCCAGGCUAGAGGUGCUGGUGGUGCUGGGAUUCAGUGAUUCCGGCCUGCAGUUGCCAUGGCUCCCUGUUGCUUUGAAAGAGUGGCCUGAAGAUGCUGCAGAAGUUGCUGCAUGAUGAGUGGAAAGCGGGUGAGUGCAGCAGGAUAGAGGAAAUAAAUAAGUUCUUUAAAGUCAAACUGAAAUUAAAUUUUGUCUGAGUAUUUAACACUAAUUUGUUCUGAGGGAAAUAAAAUGGUACAUGUUGACCUUUUUGCCUCAAUCUCAGCCCAUUAGAGCAGGGAUGGAAAAGUUACCAAAUACCACUAACAAUGACAUAGAUAAAAAUGUGAAUGUGAUGGCCUUAUUUUCCUCUUUACUUUGUGUCAUUAUAAAAGUUUAUUAGCUCUUUGAAAUUUGUGGAAUUUUUAUAUUGAAAUCUUUUAAUUUUUUCAAAUUAAACACUCUUAGGAGAUGACUAACAUCUAGGGUUUUUAUUUAAACUAAUGUCACUAUUCAAGUUUAAAUUAAAUUCAGAUAAUCUCAAAUAAAUUGCCAGAGGAAUUUUAUUGAAGCCAAACAUUGAAAUGAUUACCCAAGCGCUCACGACUAGAAAAGGGCAGAAUCAGAAUUGGAGCCCAAGCAAUCUGGACCUAGACUGACCUCUUCACCCCUACUUUCUGUAGCACAGUUAUUAAGACAAUAGUGAAAAAUGUCCCCGAAGUUUACAGCCUAGAAUUACACUGUGAAUUCUCUCAUUCAUCCAUCAGAUAUGUACUGAGAAUUGCAGUGGGCUGAGAAAUGUUGGCUUUUUGCAAAGAAGUCUGAUGCUGGAACUUCAUGGCUUCAUGAAUGUUAAAAAUUUUAAGCAGAGAUAAGUGUCCGUGGUAGUGUUUAAAGAUGACCUAUAAGAAUGUUUUGGUCCUUGGUGUGAUUUCAAAUGACCCAGGGGACUCCUCUAGCUGUGAGGUGUGCCCGUCCUUGGUCCUUGGGAAGUGAGGCAGAUGUCUAAGCUCUGGAGCUAGAGUCGAUUUAAGGAAACCAUGUCUCUUGGGUCUGAGGAAGUUGCCUCUCUACUGAGUGACAGUGAUUAGAUCGCCCUGAGCCUUGGACAGGGUCUGCCUGUGAGGUUAGCAAACUGCAUAGAAGGAGAACAAAGCAGACUACUGGUUACUACCUCCUAGAAUAGAUGUGACCUUGGGAGGGGUGAGAGGAGCUGGCAACCCCUCUCCUGUCCAGAAACUUAAGGAUAUUCAUCUGGGAAGUUCUUCUCAUGUAUUUCACCAUCUUGGUCUCUUGAGCAAGUUUAGGUCUGAUGUAUGCUGAGCUACCAUUCUUGCUACAUUUUCUUUUCAGUUAAUGUAGGGGCAUGCAUUUCAGUGUGCUGUGAAGAAUUAGCCACGUGCAGCCCAAAAUGCUAGAGUCCAGAUUCAUUUGCGUUAAAAUACCUCUAGGGAGACAUUCCCUUCCCACCCUCAUCACCCUUAUCUGGCUGUUCUCUACCUUCCUACAAUAUUUUUUCCUCCUAGCCCUGCACAGCACCUACCAUGGUGUUCUAUAUUUGUUUAUAGUCUCCUUCAACAGAAGGCAAGCCCCAUGAGGGCAAGGGUACAGUUUUGUUUACUGCUCUAACUCCAGAGUGGGAACUCAUGCCUAGUCACACAGCAGGUGCUAGUAUGAGUUUCCUAGGGCUGCCAUGACAAAUGAUCAAAAAGAGUGAGGUGAAGCCACAGAAAAUUAUUUUCUCAUUGCUCAAGAAGCCAGAAGUCCAGAAUCAAGGUAUCAGCAGGGUUAGUUCUUCUGGAGACUUGAUGAGAGAAACCACUCCAUGCCUCUCUCCUAGCUUCUGGUUGUGGGCCUCAGUGCUUGGCGUUUCUUAGCUUGUAGACACAUUGCUCUCAUCUUGCCCUCAUUUCCCCACGGCCUUCACCAUGUCUGUGUAUGUCCUUUUCUGUCUAUGCAUUUAGGGCCCACUCUGUUCCAGUAUAAUCUGCUUUUACCUAAUUAUACUUGCAAAGAUCCAGUUUUCAAAUAGGGAAGGUUACAUCCUUGGUUCUGGGUGGACAUUCAUUUGGGGGAGAGAUACUAUUUAACCCACCGCAGUUCUCAAAUGUUUGACAGAUGAGUGAGUGAAUUCACAGUAUAAUUCUAGAUUGUAAACUUCUGGGACAUUUUUCACUACUGUCUUGAUAAUUGUACUGCGGAAGUUCUGUCUGGUUCCAGAUUGCUUUGAACUCCACUGAUUCUGCCCUUUGCUUGUUGUGAGCUCUUGGGUAAUUAUUUAACUUCUGUUAGACAAUUUCCUUCUCAUCUAUAAAAGAGAAACAAGGAGAAAUAAUAGUGCCCAAUAAGUGUUAGAAAGUAUGUGUAUGCAACUAUUUUAAAGCAAUUUAUAUAUUCAUUUAAUCAUUGUGACAGUGUAUGAGGUGAAGCUGUUAUUCUUAAUUUACAACAAAGGAAACUGGGUUUGUUUCAAGAAAGAAAAACUGAAAAAAUACACGUCCCUUUGUGAAGUGCCUGGCACAUAAAUGCUUAGCUAUAAUACUGUAGAUAGAGAUGACUUAAUGUCAUAACUUCUCUUACAAAUUGAUUCGCAAAUCAGAAAAACAAAUUGUAAACUGAGGCACCUCAGUUCUUGCUCAUGUGGCCAUUGUCAUUGAGGGCUACCAUCCCUAGGGAGACAAGAUGGGCAAAUAAAUGGGAGUAUGGGGCCCUGGGAAGUGGGUGUUGGCGGUGGCGGGGGGGAACUGGUGUGUGAAGGUGCUAGAAAUAAAUUU